UCAGUCAGUGGUUGCUCGCGACGAACGGGCGCGUCCACGAAGUGUGGGGUAACGAUGGAGGCUGCGUUAAUUACGACGACCGAGUGAUACGCACCGUGUGUAUACACGGGGAUCGUGUCCUGGAUUCGUGCAUCCCCAUCGCGCGCGCCUCUCGCCCCACCCCCCUGUGCCUGUGCCCGUGCUUUUGUGUGCGUCCGUAUCCCUUUAAAAUCCUAUAACAAUCUUCCAAAAGGAUAAAAGAAAUAUAUUAAUAUAAAGAAAAUACAGGAAAAAAAGAAAAAAUACAGUGUGUGAUAUAAAACCAAAAUAAAGACAGAACACGAACACGAGGAAAAUGUCGCCCACAUAGUCGAACCAAGGCGUACGGAGAGAGAGAGAGAGAGAGAGAAGCAGGUCGAACACGGUGCAGUGGUUACCCUGAGUCGUUGACGAAAAAGACAGGAAGACGAUGCAAAGGGAUCUAAGAUCGUAACAGAAAGAACGCCUGGCCCGAAGGCGUUAAACCGGGAAGAGUACAAUCGGGGCGUGAAGCGAUGUACGCAGCUGCGGGUGGCGCCAGUAUAGCGAAUAGGAGGAAGCAGAAACGGUUACAGCUAAACAAACGCGUCGCCGAGGGUACGGUCCCGUCACGACUGAAGACGAUACCAGCUUCUCAGCACCACUACCACCAUCAACACCAACACCAACACCAACACCACCACCCCAGCAAGUUUGCUCGUCCGCACGUUGUUCCACCAUCUUCCACAUCACAGCCACCACAACCACCACAACCACCGUCAUCUGCAUUCCAUCCGAGCAUCGAUCGACGACGUCAUGUCGAGAAGUCUCAGCAGGUUGCACCUGUUUCUCCGAUCCAAUUUCCAAUAUCGCCACCGCCGCUAUCCCUUGAGUCGCCAAGUUCGGUUACUUACCCGACUAAAUCCAACAACUUCCCAUUUCCACCACCAUCGAUCCUCGAUCUCCGAGUCUCGCCAUCUUCUUCGGAGCUACAGUGUGGCGGAGGACCAGGCAAAGCAGCAUGGCAGGGAUGCAGCAGACCUUCUCCCCUUCCUUUAUCUCCUAUGUCACCUCAUGGUUGCCGUGGGGAUGGCUACAAGACAAAGCAAUGCGAGGCUCAUCGACGAUGGAUGAAAAGGAACAGAAUAAGAGAUGCAAGUUAUUGCUAUGGAAGCAGUGGAGAAGAUGACGAAGAAGAUGGAAGCAGUAAUGCAAACCGUCGCAGAGGUGAAGUUAGUGCGGCAGUGAAUACCGUACUUUAUGCGGGGCUGGGAACUACAGCGCUCGGAUUAGUUAUAUCGUUUGUCGGCACUGGAGAGAAAGGAUUCCUCAGUCCGGAAUUGAGGCUGGUGGGUCCUUCACUACUGUGCGCCGGUUUACUGUGUUGCCUAUUUCGGGUGCUGCUCUGCCUCUGUCUAUGUAGUUGCGGUCAAUGCCGUUGGCGAUUUUGCCAUGUUACUUCUGACAAGAAAGAAAAAGUGAGGAAAACGGAAGCUCAACCCGCUGGAACAUUGCCUACCGCCUCACUUCUAUCACCAGCGCAUCAACAACAGCAAUCGGCCAUGUCUUCGAGUGGCGCUGCAUCAUCAUCAACAAAAGCACAUGAGCUCUUGCUCUCUCCUGCCCAAUUACCAGAGUGAAAACAUAAUUACGAACGUUUUCUACGAGAAAUCUACACGCCGAUUAACUGCCGGUUCUUGUCCAAUAUAGAAUUAUCUUAUCUCCAUUCGACCUGAACCGUACUCGCAAAAACAGAAGAAAAACAACAACCAUCACAGCCUAAUUCUAGUUUAAAUGCGAAUUUUAGCGCUUAAAAAUAAUAGUUAAAUAAAUAAACGGCUAUGUUUUUCUA